AUGCUAGACGAGCAUCGGCCGGAUGCAUCGCACGUCGGCAAUCCUGUCGACAGUGAGCUAAGGCAGGUAGCACCACCAUCUACUAUGCUUCCUGGCCCACGCGAUUCUCUUCUGCCCCCGCCGGAACUCUCGCAACCACGAAAUGCCACCACAUUACAUCUGCCAUCACUAUCACAACAACACCCGGCAGCACAAGAUGGAAUCAUCUCCCAGCUUCAGUCAACACUCCAAUCUCAGUUGCACGUGCACAGCCAGAUCCUCGAGGAACAACGACAAGAGAUUGACAACCAGCGACAUCAACUUAUUCGUAUCGACAACACGAUAGAUGCUCUGCACCGGGAGCAAAGAAGCAUAUAUGCUAUGGUUGAUGAGGUCAGGCAUGAAUUGCGAGCACGUGGUCCCGCUCCACCGGUGCAGCCCGACAUGAACGUAGUCGACAUUCUCACUCAAGAAGUCCAGAACAUUUCAACCAAGACGAAUGAGAUUGCGGGUCUCAGAAUGCAAUUGGAUAUCCUUAGAAGUCAAGUCAGACGUCUCGAGCGUCACGGGUCACCUGGAGCGAAUGGUGCGACUCCCAUGGAACCUCCGGCACACGAGCAGCUGCCUCACGUCCCCACUCCGAUAGCCGCGUUUGCUGCAGGUACGCCUUCUGCGCCAGACCAGAGACCGCUCCUCUACCAGACUCCUCUAGAGAAUCGUCUGCCCGCCCCGAUCGUUGCGAACUCAGAACUUCCGGACGUUCGCAUCCAAUCCGAGUCGCGUACGCUUCCUGGUAUUCGUUCUAUCGACCCAAAUACUCCAGUCUCUUCAUGGCGUCCCGCCGGCUCGAUUGCUCCCCCACCAUCGGCACCAAUAGCUGGAUCCUCGCCGCAGAUCGAGCCCCCAGCACCCGGCAGUGGAUGGGCAGCUGUGAAUACAAAUACGGCUCCCAAGCGAUUGAUCUCCGAGCCCUCGUUCGAGUCCGCAACGCCCGGAUCGCCCAAGAGACAGCGAUUGGCACCUUUGAUGCCUAGGACCUACGACCAGCACAGUCCGGCGCAGGGUUCUUCACCUUACCACUCCAUCUCGGGUGACUCUCUGCCUACAGUCCCCACUUUGCAAUCGACACAAAACCCGUCAAACGAGUCUACUGGAAGUGUUCCACCACAACCCAAUCCUCUACGUUUCGUUCAAUUCGCAUCCGGCCUAGACUCCGCAGCAGAGGAUUCGUGGCGGCAAGGACCAGGGUCGGCUCUGGACAGAGUACGAGACAGUCCAAGACGAGGAAGAGGGGGAAAGGGCCGCACAGGACGCAAAAGUGGAGGUGGUGAAGGCGAUCGGGCCACACCAGAGUGGGAGGCACGCUCUGACAAUCUGCAUAUUGUCAAUCAGUCCGAGGGCCUUGCAGCAUCGAUGCCAACAGUUGAACAGCCCAGCGAGACGACUGCCGGCAUGUAUCCUGACCCGCACUUCAUGCCCAUCACCACGACCGCCGAUGUAGCCUCCGCGAAUCAUCCGACCAAAAAAACCCGCACCAAACCUGUACGCAACGCAGACGGUGUUCUGAUACGUAAAGAUGGGCGACCGGAUAUGCGCAGUGUGAGCAGUGCCAUGAAUCUCAAAAAGGUGCAUGCAAAGAAGGAGGCAGAACGCGCCAGCAACAAGGAGACUUCUGCCGGAACUGAAGAUCACAAAUCUACGCCGUAUUCGGCAUCAGAUCACGAUGCUGGGGAGAUGAGCCCCACCAGUCCAAGCGUGGAUGAGCAUGCAAUGGAUGGUGACAACAGUAUCCUGGAUCAUCACCAGGAGACCAUGCGCAAAGUCUUCCCGCACGGCGUCAAUGGAUCUAGCGCGCAGAGCAUGGCACAACAGUUCUUCCCCAAGUCAGACGACAACCGCGCCGCGCCAUCGGUCAAAAUCGAAGCCAUGGUCGAGCGCGAGACUGCUACAAAAGAGGUUCCUCAAGGCAAUCAUGGAUCUAAGCCUCUGAUUGACGGCGAGAGGAGCAUGGUUCAUCACACUCAUGGACGUGUGGAUGUCGAGAUGAGUGAUGCAAAGUAG